AUGGACAGCAAGCACGCUGUGUACCGCCACUUCAAAGUGCCGGCCGACAGCGUUGGCGAGAACGGCACCAAGGUGUGUGCCUACUGCAACUUCAAGUUUGCUGGCGGGGUUUACCGCUGCACGCAGCAUAUCACCGGCUGGAACGGCAUGCGCCGUCGCGAAGUGCACCUCUGCACUGCAGCGCCGAAGACUGCACGUGACACCGUGAAGGCGCUUUACGAGUCCAAGUUGAAGGCCCGUGAAGAGAAGCGUGCGGCUGAAAUUGCGGCGGUCGGCGCAGUCAAUGGCGGAGGUUCGGACAAGAAGAAGAGUCGAAUGUCCGACUUCUACGGCGACGACGCCACGUGCGCGAACCAAGCUGCGGACGAGUCCAUAUGCCUCUUCUUCGCCGCUCUUCAUCUGCCGGAGCAUCACGCGGACCACCCACUGUGGCGGAAUGUAGUCUCAAGCAUUCAGCGCGCGGGGCAGAAUUACAUCCCGCCGAAGAGACACUACAUCGGUGGCGCCGGUCUUGCAAAGUGUCGCCAGCGCAUUGAGGCGGCUCUCGCUCCUAUCUCAGCAAGCUGGCGCCGUGAUGGUGUGACCGUGGCAAGCGACAUGUUCUCUGACAAGGCCGGCCGCCCGCAAGCCAAUGUGCUCCUCAUCAACGAUAGCGGAGCGGUGUUCGUGGAGUCGAUCGACACCAAGAUGGAGAUGAAGACCGGCGGCUACAUCGCGGGCAUCUUGCACCCCAUCAUCGAGAAAGUUGGCCCCGAGAACGUCGUCGCCUUGUGUUUUGACGGCGGCUCCAAUUACGCGGCGGCAUGCAGGGAGUUGAUGACGGAGUAUCCCCACAUCGAACACAUCCCUUGCGCGACCCAUGUCCUUGAUCUCCUGAUGGAGGACAUGGGGAAAAUGGGAUGGGCGAAGGACAUCGUCACGCGCGGGGACACCCUCAUCUUGUUCGUCCGCAACCAUCACUUCACCCGUGGAUACAUGCGGAGCGAGCUCGUGAACGGCGGCAAGGGGAAGCAGGUUCUCAAGCCCGCGGGAACCCGAUUCGACACCAACUACAUCGCCAUUAACCGCCUCUGUGAAGAGCGCGCCGGCCUGACGCAGAUGGCCCUCAGCGAUGAGUGGUGCGAGUGGACAAUGGCUGCAAAGAGGGUUGGGGCAGAUACCUUCAAAGACAACAUCCUCGAUGCCACGUGGUGGACGCGCGCCGAGUUCUUCGCGAAGCUGAUGAAGCUCCCGUUCGUUGUCAUGCGCAAGACUGACUCGGAUGCGAAGGGCAUGAUGGGUCAUCUCUACGACCUUAUGCUCCAGCUCACCGAGGACAUCCGCGACUUCCUUGACGAGCAUGCGGAAGGGGUCCUGUUAAGGGGAGAGGUGGGGGAGAUUCGGAAGAUCGUGCAGGACCGCUGGGACAAUGGGCUGGCGUGCAACAUGCACGUGAUUGGCCGCAUCCUCAACCCCCCCAACCAGGAAGAGGGCAUCUUUCGCACCGACCUGGAGUGCACGAGGGUCUUCAAACAGUACGUGUCCAAGCACUAUGACGACCAGACAGUCACCAGGAAGGACGGGGUCGAGCGCUGUGCCUCUCUCGUCAUCCAGGAAGGCCUCAAUGCCUUCCUCAACCUCCAAGGCAGCUUCGGCAUGCUCGCCGCUCUUGCCGACCGUGAGGCAGUGAAGGAGGGCAAGAUGACCGCGGUGGCCUGGUGGUCGUGGCACGGGACCGAACAUCCGGAGCUCACCACCAUGGCUUGCCGCGCCCUCACGCAGCCGGUCCCUGAAGGGCAGCGGGUGGUGAAGGGAAACAUCGAGGACCCCCCCACUCCGGCUGGCUACAAAGUCGAGGAGGAGGUGGAAGAACCUGAGGUGGGGGAGGAUGAUGUGAUGGCCGAUGAGUACUAG